UCAUACACAUACACACACUGCUACAUUUCGCAGUUUGGCGUUUUCAGCUGUUCAUUGCACCCAAGCCAAUUUUUUGUUGGAAGCCAAUUUGUGCAACUUUGAGAAAAUUGUGCAAUUCACUUGCAAUCCAGAUGGAAGAAUGGAAUUCGAAGUGAACGUUCAAAAUAUUGCAAUCACUAGUAUACGUUAAUCUACCAAUUGAGCCUGUUUGGAUUAGUUAAAACUGAAAAAUAUGGCUAGUUACCCACACUGCGCUGUGCGCGUUAAAGUCAAGAAAUGUGAGCCAAAUGUUCCGCCUGAGUGGCGCAAAUUUAGCGUCGAUCCGCAAAUCACAUCGCUGGAAGUACUCUACUCUUUGCUCGCUAAAGCCUUUGACAUCAAAUCGGAUUUCGCAAUCAAAUAUAAAGCUUUCGAUCCAGCAGGCAAUGAAAUGUACUUAUCUGUGUUGUCUGAUUGGGAUUUAGAUGCUGCUUUUCUCCGCAUUCAUAAUCUCUCCAUACAGACAGCUACGGAGCCGUGUCUUAUGCUGCAAAUCGAUAUUAAACCAUUUACAGAAGUACGUGAAUGGGACAUCGAUGCCGCAGCUACAGAGAGCGCUGUUCCCUGCAGUAGUGGUUGUGCGAGUGUAAAUUCACUUUCACCAAAUUUCUCCGCAAAUGCGGGAGUACGGGAAGCUGUCUCACCACUACAACAGUCAAUAGGUGCAUCGCAAAAGUAUGUGCAAAAUAUGCAGACAAAGCUACCAGGCCUGAUUAUGAACCAUAUGGAGAAAACUUUUUCGAUCGUUCAGAAAGCUUUCAAUCUGUCUGAGGAAACUAUGUCAUCGUUGCCGCCACGACCACCCUUGGCCGAUAUUGAGUUUCGAUUAUUUUUAGAUGCACUAGGACAAAUAAAACGGACCGAUGAAUUGCGUAAGGUUAUAUUCUUUGGAGGCAUUGAUCCAAGUUUGCGUCGGGUAGUGUGGAAACACAUUCUAAACGUAUAUCCACAUGGCAUGAAUGGUCACCAACGCAUGGAUUAUAUGCGCAGAAAGUCGGAGCAAUACAUUAAGCUACGCGAUACGUGGAAGAAUGCAGUGAAGCAAGGUUGCAUAGCGGGUGAGUUGUCAUACGUCACCAGUAUGGUAAAAAAGGAUGUUUUACGUACGGAUCGACUGCAUCCUUUCUACGCUGGUAGCGACGACAAUCAAAACAUAGCUUCGCUUUUCAAUAUCCUAACAACAUAUGCGCUCAAUCAUCCCUCGGUAAGCUAUUGCCAAGGCAUGUCCGACAUUGCUUCGCCUCUACUGGUAACCAUGAACGAUGAAGCGCAAGCAUAUAUCUGCUUUUGCGCCAUAAUGUCUCGUGUGAGAGGUAAUUUUAUGUUGGACGGCAUAGCAAUGACGCAGAAAUUCGCGCAUCUUACAGAGGCACUGAGUUAUUACGAUCCUGAAUUUUGGGAAUACUUAAAAUCGCAACAGGCGGAUGAUUUGCUGUUUUGUUAUCGCUGGCUCUUGCUCGAAUUAAAGCGUGAAUUUCCGUUCGACGAUGCACUACGCAUGCUAGAAGUACAAUGGAGUUCGUUGAAGUAUGAGACGAGUAUUGGCAAAGAACUGAAUUUAUUUGAAAAGGAGUUUGUGCCUAUUUCGGAUAGCCCCGCACCGACCACAUCCAGCUCGCUUUCGAGUUCGUAUGGUGCACCUAUAAGUCCCUCCUACAUGUUGGUGAAACAGCGUGAAAAUCCUUACACCAAGGUAUGCGCUCUUCGCCGUCAAAGCUCUUCAGCUUCAUUGAAUUCACUCAGCUCAUCACUUAGUGCUGGCGGCGGAGUGAUAAACAACUUGCGAUUAGAUGCAACGAAACGCCUUAAUCAGAGUCUCGAUGAUAAUAUGCCGCGUGCAGUGGCAUGCCGGCGACGACAUUCUUCGAAAGCUCACCAAAGCUUAGAUGAAUCCAAAAUGCUACUGUUGAUGGAGGGUAUGGAAGAAGUAAAACACGUCGAGCUAGAUAAUACAACGUCCAAAGUAAAGCCUGUUGAAUGUGCAGAGGAUGUCGAAGAUGACGAUGUCUUCACCAGCGCCGAUAGCAGCAUCAAUAACGACUACACAGAUAUUAAUCCAUUCACGUUUCAUCCAACCAAUCCAUUCCUAAAUGAUGGUCAUAUAAAUGAAGUAAUAGCUGAGUCGUACAAAUCUCCCUCAAAUUCCAAUACAUCAACGGCAGGUGAAGGUGUAACCAUGGGCAAUGAAAAAGUAGUUAGUGGUGAACUAGGAUUUAUGGAAAAAAUGCCACAACUUCCAAAAGGAAUUGCCAAAUUGCAAAAUAAGAACAUUUUAUCAAAUUACAAUGCUGUAAGCAACAUAAUAGCCAAACAGAUUGCAAAUGCUUCCAAUGUGGGUGAAAGUGUGCGGCGUGUAGGCAGUGGUGGGGGAGGGCAUUUCAAGGAUCUAAAGGAAAAAAUUGCUGCAACGAGCAGAAAAGGCAUUUCCUUCGAUGAAACGAGCAAUAACCCUACGGAAAGAUCCCAACAAAAGUUAGUAAAAAAUUUCAAUGAAUUUCUCAAUUUCGCUUCGUUGAAUAAAAAUCGUAUUGCGGAUAAAUUCUCCACAACAUCACCUACAUUAUCCGACAACAGUGGCACCAGCAGCAUGAACACAUGUGGCAAAGAAAGAUCCAAAACACCUUCACCCACACACGCCUACAUUCAGCCAUAUACAGCAACCACGUCAGCAACUGCCCUCACAACACCACAUCCACUCGUGCAACUAACGCGCAGCGGUUUUGUUUCCUCACUGGACGAAUCUGAUUCAUCGUCCGUGCCUGAUACCACAUGGAGCGGCUCUACCGCCGCGACAGCAAUACAACAGACAAACAAUGCCAGUAACAAUAGCUUGCACUUGGAGCUUGCAUCGCUGGAUUCUUCGACGGCUCAAACACCCGAUCGUACACCAACAUUCGAACGCAAAACUGAUAAAGAAGCAUUCACAGAAGAGCGUGAAGUGAGCACAAGUAAGUUGCAAGACGCGACGUGUAUACCCACAAAAAAAUUGCCAGCUGAACCAAGUCUAACGCCCGAUGACAGUCAGGAUCAAGAGUAUUACCCUAUGACAACCGCCAUCACACGGGAGUUGCGUUUAGAGGCAGACAAUUUAGAUCGGCAGUUAUUCGGUGAACCCGUCGGUAAACAACCAACCGUGAAUUGUGACAUAGAGUAUGAAAAAUUGGAUAAAGACUCGUUAGAAUUGGUGGAGGAUCUAAAAGAAAAUGAAAUCGUUGCAUGUCCUGAUAUUAGUGAACUGCUAAUACGCCGGCGCAACCGCAACAGUCGCACCAAAAGCAGUUUAGAACCGCUCCAACAAGUAUCCACCAGUACAGCGUGGCGGGUGGAUGUCGAUGAGCUGCCCAAUGUCACAAUUGAUAAUAAUUCAAAUGACGCGCAAACAUAUAGCGCCGAUAGAAUUACUGCAUCACCAGCGCAGAGCAUACUCAAUCCCUUCGUCGAUCCUACAGCGAACCUGCUGAUGGAUGGCGUGUCGGGUGUUUUGCCCAACAGUAGCAGUUUACCGGAAGUGUUGGUGCCGAUUUCCACAGACACCGCCAACGCAUCACCUGUAGAGUUGGCUACAAAUGCAGUUGAUGAAAUUACCUUCGCUAAAUCACCAGGACGAAGUGCGGCGGUCGCUGGUGAACGGGCAUUUGGUAGUUCUGUUACAGUGGGACCAACGCCACCAGUCUUGCCACCACCCACCGAGUUUGGUGGUGGCAAUCCUUUCCUGAUGUUUCUCUGCUUAACACUGUUGCUACAGCAUCGCCAAACAAUUAUGAAAAGUGGCAUGGACUACAACGAGAUAGCGAUGCACUUCGACAAGAUGGUGCGCAAACACGAUGUCAUACGCGUACUGAAUCAAGCGCGUCGCAUGUAUAUUGAUUAUCUGAAAACGCAAAAUGCCUAUAAGCAGCGAUUACAGCAGGCGACUGAGCAUGCGACAAGCAAUGAUAUCAACAGGAAUUUAAAAGCAAGUGAUGCAACAGUGCCGGCGAUACAGCACACGGGUGCCAGCUACUGUGGCACGCUCAGUACAGCAGCAAAGUCAUAGACCAGCAAUCGGUGGAGAGGUUGUUGAAUUGUCCAGAGAAAAAGCAGCAAAAAUGCAAAAGAAAAUCAGCUACAAAGAAACACCAAAGAACUUUUACAAAGCUAGCCUAGAUAGCCAGCCUCGAAAUUGUUCCUGCUAUUUUUCCCCUAUCAAUUUGCGAUGUAAUUUCCUUUACUUUUACUCAACCUUGAAAUUUUACUAGUCUAGUUUCUUUAUUUGCUUUGAUGUAAAUGGCCGGGACAGCGAAGGUCCUCGUAAUGCUGGGUUAUUUGAGUUAUAUUUAUGUUGAUUUUUCGUUCCUGAAUCCGCUUGUUGGAUUUAGAGGUAACACACGCAGUGCCGAAACCUGCUUGAAAACUUUCAAGCAUUUGUUAGUUUAAGUGCAGAGUUGCUAAACUGUACGCGUAUGUACCGUUAUUAUGGCAGCUUCUUGUAUUUAAUGAUUUCUAUCGUCUAAUUUUUUUAAAUUGUGUUGAAUAAUUUUUGUUUUGAAUCGACGGUUUUAUAUUUCUGUUAGUGUCUUUCGUUUUCAUUUGCUAAUUGAAUUUCGUUUGAUUUAGCAUUUGUUUUUAUGUUGUGUUCGAAGUAUAUAACGUUCAGCGGAAUUUACUUGUUUUGGUUUUUUUUCUAAUUCGUUGCAGUUUCUUUAGAUAGAUUGGCUUGUAUAUGUAGUUGUUUUUUUUUAAUCGAGGAGCCAUUUUGUGACUACUUUUUUAAUACUUUAUCAUGUAAAUUAAAGCCAGAGGAAGCGGUUUGUUCUUCAAAAGACUUUUAGGUUUAAGUGACGUAGUGGCGAAGUGAAAGUAAUGCCUUCAAUAUGAGAUUCGUGAGGUGAAAAAUUAAAAAGAUAAGGAACAUAUCGUUAUUUUAAAGGCAACAAUUAGGCUUAGCGAUAUCAACGAACUGAGUGGUUCUAGCUUCGUCUAUUUGUAUGUCGCCUGUUUUAUAAUAUAUUGUUUCUUAAAUAAAAUUGUAACUUGAUGCUUUUA